AUGUCUUAUGCUUAUACCAUUUAUUUUACUCCUCCUAUGACUACACCCGUCUUUUAUGAUAGUAUUAUCAUAUAUGAUGAGAAAAAGCUACAAACUAAUUCAUUAUUACUUUCUUUAGCAUCAGACAACUUUUUUUCAUUAAUCAAAGAUCGUGACAAGCACAAAUUUACAGAAAAUUCCACAUAUAACAUCGAUAUAGCAAGUAUUAUGCCUAAUUACAAAAAAUUUGAACAAAAAAUUUUCGAAAAUUUAUUGAAAUUAUUGGAAGGACAAAAGAUAGAUGCCGGAAACAAAGAUGUUGACGAAAUCAAGCAGAUCUGUAAAGAAAUCAAAGCAGAAAAACUUCUUUAUUUCAUCGAUCGAUCCGUUGAACAGUCAAAAAAACAUAAAACGAGCACAUCACGAAGCGUAUCAUUUGUAGAACUUUUGAACCAAAAAUGUACAGAUUUUCUUAAAAGAUCGAAAAUUUUACAAAACAAAAAAGAAGAUUUACUUAAAGAAGAAGAUAUCAGAUAUUUUACAAUAGAAGAUAACAUUCGACCCGGCGAAAUCUAUUUCCAAAUUAUUGACGAAUCCUUAGAUUUAAUCGAUUUUGAUUCCGAAGAAAAACUAUCAAAUUUACAUCCGAUCUGCUUUGCAGCAUCGAUAAACAGAGAAACAAUCACAGAAAAAUUUACAGAAACCUCAAAAUCAUUAGACCAUAAUACUUUAAUCGACGCUUUAUGUUGUGCGGCCAUUUACGGAUGUUUUGACACAUUUAAAGUAUUAUUUUAUGCUCUCAAGGAUCGUGAGAACAACUCUGACUUCGACGAUGAAGAAGACUUUUCCAUUGAAGACAUUUUUGCUGACAAAAACAUUUUUUUGUGCGCAGUCAUUGGAGCUUCCACAGAAAUUGUUGAUUUUAUCAACCAAGAGGUCGAUACAAAGGACAUAAUACAUGAGAACAAUCGAAGGAGUCUCCAUUACACAGCAAUGUUUAUCUUUCAAAACGAAAAAGAUAAAGAAAAUUAUUUGAAAAUAAUGACAGAAAAAUUGAUAGAAGUUACAAACGAUAUUAUCGUCUUUGAUGAUAAUAAUAAGUCAGUGAUGCAAUAUAUUGUUGAAAAUUAUGAUGAAAUUUUGGGUGACAAAAUUAUUAAAUCGUUUUCCUCAAAAAAUAAUCAGAAUGACCAGAAUUCUCGACGAAGAAGACAAAACAACUACAAAAAAAAUCAAUCAAUCACAAAAGAAGUGACAAAUGAUUUAAUCAAAUACGUCAAAAUUAAUGACUAUGUUAAAUUCAAAAAUUUGCUUAAUCUAUCUUCUGUUUCAGGCAUAAUCAUCGAAAAGUUCGAAGAGAAGCCUUUUCUGAAUAUAAUUUGUGAAAUUCCAGAACGAACAAUUUUUAUUAAGGAAUUUUUGCUUUAUAAUCAAAACAGGGUUAUAGGUUUAGAUCCAACCAAUGGCUUUAAUUCAUUAUUUGCAAGUGUUUCAGUAGAUUAUAACGAACAAAACAUAAUUGCCAUUUUGGAAUCCGGUAUUGAUUUAUUUUCACGUCUUAAAGUUAAAUUGUCUAAUGGUAGUUUCCAAGAAAACACCAUAUUUUCAUUCUUAUCCCAAAAAAAGAACUAUCCGUACUUGAAUUUGAUUUUGAAAUACAUGAAAGACACCAAUUACAAUACUAAUAAUGCUCGCAAUCACCAAAUAGUUGCUGACACCGAAGAACUCUACAAGAUCUUUGGCUUGGAUUACUCGAUGUUCAAAUUUCAUGUUAUUGAUAAAAGAUUAAAGCCCGAUCUCAAAUCAGCUGAAUCCAAAGUUUCAUCCACAGCUUCAACAAUUGUUUCCGAUAAUAUUCCUGUUAAACAAAACGUUUCACGCAGCGAAAUUCCACAAAAAAUCUCCAAAAUCCAACAAAUCCCACAAAUUUCAACAAAAUUUCCAACACCUCUUUCCAAUUUCAGCAAAAAGAUGCAGAACGAAGCAAUUAAAGAUGUCCUGGACCCAGAAUAUCCAAUUAAUUUCCAAGACAGGGAUGGAUUCACACCUCUUAUUCUUGCCGCCAAAAAUAAUUUAGUAUCAGUUUUAGAAAAACUAAUUACAAUUGAUGGCAUUGACAUGAAUCUCAAGGAAAAGCAUGGACACACCGCAGCAAGCAUAGCUGCUAAUGCAGGUCAAGCAACAACACUUUCAAUAGUAUUAGAUCACUGGCGGAAUCCAGAUCUUUCAGAUGUUAUGAAAUUACUUUAUGAAUGUGUUAUCAAAAGUGACACAAAAUUCAUUCAACUCUUUUUCAAGAGAUUCGAAGAUACAGCUGUCUAUAAAGAGAUGCGCAUGAAAGAUUUUGUUGUCACUAAUGAUGGCCAGAAAGCCUUACAAUUAGCCGCACAAAAAGGACACACCGAAGUCGUAAAAUUUAUUCUUCAAAAGAUGAAAGUUUCAAUUGAUUCUGUUGGUAAAGGUGACACUACCGCCUUGAUGGCAGCGAUUUCUUCACAUAAGGAAAAGACAGUAAAAGAGCUUCUCGACAUCGGAGCCUCUAUUGAUCUUAAAGAUGAUCUUGGUAAAACUGCAUUAGUUCGAGCAGUAGAAAGCAAAGAAAUAGAAAUCAUCAGAAUGCUUCUUAAGAAAGGUGCAGAUCCAAAUGAUGGUAUUGUCCAGAGAAAUGAAGGAAUCAGAUCAGCUUUCUUAGUAGCUUUACUUAAUAAAGAACCUGAUAUUGUUUCUCUACUUCUGUCAGAAUCUAAGUAUCAUCCAGUCGAUUUACAUACUAUAUAUAACGGAAUGUAUCCUCUAGAUCAUGCGAAAACUUUGGCGAAACAGUUUGAGUCUAACCCAGAAAAGUAUCAUUUGAUGACAAAAAUUAUUAAUAUAAUUUCAGCAUAUUUAUAA